AUGUAUCAAUCCAUGAACCUAUCAUUUUCUUCUAAUCUUAAUCACCGAUCCCUCCUCAAACCACGAUCAUGCCCCGGAAUCUCCGCCAGAGCUCGCAGAUCCCUCCAUUUCAAUCCUUCCUGCCUCUCCUCCGACCCAAAAUCCGACGAUUCGCCUCCGGUUAACCUCUCCUCAAAGCUCAUUUCGCUUCUCAAAGCUGUCCCGAACUGGUCGGACGGGAUCAAAGAGAGACGGAUGCAGCAGAAACGAUCUCUCUACACUCACGAGAAUUGGGUCAGACACAGAAGCUCACUACGCCAUCUUCGUCACGUAUCCUCGAGCGCGUCGUCACGCGUUAUAUUGUCCUUGAUUCCCCCUGUUUUCUUCUUCACCACCGUCGCGAUCCUGAUCGCUUGCUAUAACUCCGCCGUGGAUAUGGACUGGUUGCCUAGUUUGUUCCCCGUCCUCCGAGCUUCUUCUCUUCCGUAUCAGCUUACGGCUCCUGCUUUAGCUCUGCUUCUGGUUUUCCGCACAGAGGCUUCUUAUUCAAGGUUUGAAGAAGGAAGGAAGGCAUGGGUUAAGAUUAUCACCGGAACCAAUGAUUUAGCUAGGCAAGUCAUUUCUUCCGUCCAUGGCUCCGGUGAUGAAUUGGUAAUCAGAGAUACGCUCUUGCGUUACAUUGCUGCUUUCCCUGUGGCGCUUAAGUGUCAUGUGAUGUAUGGUUCAGAUAUCGCUGGUGAUCUGCAAAAUGUGAUAGAAGCAGAUGAUCUGUCUUUCAUCCUUGGAUCAAAGCAUCGUCCACGUUGUGUCCUCCAAUUCAUCUCUGAAAGCAUUCAGCUGCUGAAACUGGACAAUUCAAAGAUACAAAUGCUGGAAUCAAAGAUGCUGCAACUGCAAGAAGGAAUUGGGGUAUGUGAACAACUAAUGGGGAUCCCGAUUCCGCUUUCUUACACACGAUUAACGUCGAGGUUCUUAGUCUUAUGGCAUCUUACACUUCCUGUUAUUCUCUGGGAUGAUUGCCACUGGAAUGUUGUUCCUGCUACUUUCAUAAGUGCUGCAUCUCUCUUCUGCAUCGAAGAAGUUGGUGUUCUUAUAGAGGAGCCAUUUUCUAUGCUUGCCUUAGACGAGCUGUGUGAUAUGGUGCUCAGUAACAUUGAUGAAGCUGUUGAAUCUCAGAAGGUCAUACGUAGACGGAUUACUGCAAAGAAAAGGCUCGAUGGAAUUAAUCGUCCAUCAAAUGGUUGGCUUAAAUCUUCAAGUAAAUGA